AUGGCGGCUCCUGGACCGGGGGAGUAUUUCAGUGUCGGGAGCCAUGUCUCCUGCCUCACCUGUUUGGGGCAGCAAUUGCAGGGAGAGGUCGUUGCCUUUGACUAUCAGUCCAAGAUGUUGACUUUGAGUAUCCUUUUUACCAUUUUCUGUUGUCACUGAAUCGGUGGUCUUCAAGGCUGCAAGGGGCCUGGGGGUAACUGGUCGCUCUUGCCAAAUUGAGAUCCGCGCAAGCGUAGUCAGGAGACUAGCUAACUAGAUUAUUUGCUUACUCUUGAUCAAAACGUAGCUAACCACACGGUUUAAAUACUGUUCAGUUACUUUAAACCUUGUUACUACUUUCUAUUUCAAGACAGGUAUGGUAAGUUUAGAAUCGGCAUGAUCUUGAGUUAAUGUUUGUUGUUAGCUAGCUAGCUAGCUGGCUAUCGAAAUUGGCAUGGUAUUGUGCCAUGAUGCUAGCUAACUUGCUAACACAAGCUAUUGUGGUCAGCGUUAGCACAAACUGUCAGUCCUUGUAUGGAUCACUAUCUGGCAGCUCCAAGGGGCGUUAUGCCUGACACAUUCUUAGUAACAGUUAGCAUGUAGCUAGAAAGAGCUAACUAGCAGACCAGGCUUAGAAUUGUCUGAUGCUCUAAAACAAUGGUUAUUUAAAGAACAUUAUUGAUGGCUAGCCAUGGAGUGAUGUAGCUAGCUACCCACCCCUAGUUAGCUCACGUUGUCGAAACUGACACGCCAUGAUUCACCGGUGACAGUUUAGAAAGGUGUGCCUGUCAAGUUCUUGGGUAAUUUAGCAAGCUAACUAGCUAACGUUAGCUAGUAGUGAGCUAGUAACUGCCUACCUAGCUACUUUGACCCCUGUCAAGUGUUUUGUAGCUGACUUGAGAAAGACAACGUUAGCUAUAUGCAAGUUCUUAGCUGUAGCUUUAUUGGAAGAUGGCUAACGUUAGCUAGUUACUGUGAAAUCUGUUUAUGUGAAUGUGCGGACUUGGAUUUCAUUACAUGAGGGAUGUCGAUGGGAGAAAGCCUGGUGGAUUCAUUGCAGGCAACAUUUGGAGAAGGCAAUAAGACCAUAUACAAUCUAGGUUGGGUGAAGAUGAGGUAUUAUACACACCUCUUGCACACUAACUUGUGCUUUUAGCCCAGAUAAAUUGCCUUCCAGUCCUGCACAGGGCACCGCUCAGAAAAAUAGGCAGUCAUGAAAAGUGCAAGAUUUUAUAUGCUGCAGAACUCUGAGGAAGCCAUUUGAUUUGGACUAUUUGCUCCCACAGACAUGCAUUGCAGAGGACUAAUAAUUUUGUUUGCCUGGUUGUGCGGGUCAAUCUUCCACCUCUGCCUGGUAUAGGACUGAAAGGCCCAGAGUCAGACCACCCUGUGAUAGUGGAACUACUGCAGCCACGGCCAGGGGAAGGAAUGUGACAUUUGUGUCUGUCAGUCAGCAGUUAUCACACUGCAACAGCAUUGUGGAUUUCAACAGUGUGCAUUCCAUACCAUCACGCCCCGGUGGAUGUCAAACAGGUCUCUAUUACCUGGCUGGAAGGUAGUACUGCCUCAGAAUUCUGACUUUGCUCAUUUGAUCUUGUGAAUUUAGAGGCAUCUUAUCAAUGUAGUUGAAGAGUAGGCCACGUUUUUCUUUUGAAGAACAGAUUUACAAUGUUACGGUUGUUAAAUCUAGUCUACUUUUUUUGUGGAUGUUGUAGUGAGAUACAAAGAGGGUAUUUUCCCAAUGCUAGGGCCCAGGUCACAAGGGACAAGUCACUCUUCAUGAUGUGUAUCAUGUAGGCCUAUUCACUUGAGGUAGUUUGCUUAUGGAAGCACACAGUGUGACAUGUUUUCAGGGUGACACGAUAACAUAGUAUAGUGCAGGGGGUAAAUAAAGCUUCUAGAUCCAGUCUGUCAUACCCUCAUGGCAUGUUACGUUGUUUCCCUUGUGAGGCUGGUGAGGAGUCACUGAAAGGGCAAGAUAUCAGACAGGAAAUCCACAGCCCUCUAUUACAGUUAUGGAGGAAGUGCAGCAGCCAUAAAAUGAAGGAUUGUAAACCUGAAUGAGUUCAGCUCUGAGCACUUUACCUCUGUCUGCCUUGUAAUAGGAAAACUUGUCUGAACAUAGUAAAGACACAGGCCUUUUACUCAUCCAACCUGUUUUUAUUAGGAAAAUAAUUAGCUUGGCUCAGGUUUGAGGGUCUUUUCUGAAAAUCAGUUGAAGGGCAAGUUCUGUGCUGCCUUCGGUUGAUGCGUGAGGUCAGACUGAGUCUAUGAAUUUUGUUUGUCUGUCACCAGACUAUAAACCGUGUCUCAAGGGCAGUGAGCAGGCUGCUACUAGAUAAUAUCCUUUGAGCUUUCUUUAACACAGUUGGGUGUUCGUGAAGGCUACUCUUGGCAGUUGUGCUUAGUAUGCCAAUUUUUUUGUUUUCUGCCUAGUAGGCUAUUUUGCCCUCUUUCCCUCCACAGUAUUUCUGAUAUCCACAUGAUGAAUUGUGGCUCGUUCGUACCCAGACCCUCCCUUACAAACGAUGCAUUGGACUCUUUGUUAGCAGAGUUGAAAGGGGAUCUGCUGGUGGAAUGCAUACACCUCAUGGCAUCUUCAAUUCAAAUAUUGUAUUUGUCACAUGCUUCGUAAACAACAGGUGUAGACUAACCGUGAAAUGCUUACUUCUUAACAUCCCCUUUGAGAAGUUCUGAGUGGGCUAUUCAUUUUGUUUAGUUGCUGGUGGUUUGUUGUUUGACUGGUAAGUCCUUAGCUUAGUCUAUGUUUAGGACUUCUGUUCUGGGAUGUAACCGUCUGCAUUGUUUCUUGGGCAAGAGGCUGUUCCUGGACUGCCAUGGUGAACCCUGGACCUGUUUCCUAGGUUACAGGGAAGCAUGAUCCCAUGAUGUUCUGUUGUGAGGAGGCUGUUAGACUGCUGUUGAACUUAAUGGCAGAAUAGAGCGGGGGAAAGAGGAAGUUGUUCCAUCAGGGGAUCUCCAGCACUUGAAGUUGGACUGGUGCUGUGCUUUGAUUUUGUGUUCUACUAGAUUAGCAUAAGAUAUGCUCACUUAUUAGGCCUAUUUGGUCAGUGGUUCACUACUGAGUGACUAAAUUACACUAUUGUGACUAGUUCAAUAACAUAAAAAUGUUGGUGAUUUACCUCAGGUUUGGCAUAGCCUAAUGUUUGUGGAAGAUGUGAUAGAAUUAUGAUUCCAGCUGAUCCAUUGUCUCUCCCUCACAUUCAAGUCCUGCAUGUAUAUUUACAGUCUAAUGCUAACAGCUGCUAAUUUGACCUCCAUUCUGGAUGUGUAGUACAGCCUAUUUGCCUUGACCCACUGCCCUUUCAGAAUGCGCCCCCUCCAGUGGAAAGGCAAACGUCAGUGAUAUGGUUCUGAUUAACCUAGCCUACGUGUCUGAGGUGGACAUCAUUAAUGACCGCACUGAAACGCCUCCUCCACUAGCAUCUCUGAAUGUCAGCAAGGUAAGACCAGCCAAUCACCACUCCUCACACCCUCCUUGACACAUCUCCUUCUCAUACCAAGUAGUGAAGAAUCAUUGGAUAUCUGGUCAUUUUGUCAUUAGCUUUAUCAAUAACUCCUGCACUAACUCACUUGAUUCAGCUAAUUGUGGUUCAGAGUCAGACUAAAGACCAUCAUUAGGCAAGCUUAUUAUCCUCGUUGAAUCCGGUGUGGUAAUGCUGGGCUGGAACAAAAACCUGCACACCCGAUUGGUUUUCAGGACUGGAAUUGGGAAUCCCUGUCCCAACACAAAGAAAGUAAAUGAGUUGUAUAAUUUUGUGUGCUUUCACAUGUUGAUUGGAACCGUAUGUUUAACCUGAAUGGAUUGUUUGCAUAUUUAAAGAAUGAAUGGCCAUUGUCUUGCUCAAAAAAUCCUGAAAAGUUCCAUCACCAUAUCAUUAAACUUUGGUCGGCAUCAAACAAAACCCACCUUUUCCACAUUUAACUAAAAUGAUCAGUGAGCGGUUUCUAAUAUUUAUUUUGUAUUGCUAAUGGGUGGAAAUUCCUUAAAGUUCCUUUCAAUGCCAAAUACAACUAUUCUUUUUACAUACUUUAACUUCCAAGGGAAUUUGGGGUUUUCAAUUGAGAAUGUUGGCUAUUGUAAACAGCUCUAAUGUAUUGGUUCUCCUUUUCCAACACGCCUGCAGCUUGCCAACAGAGCACGGUCGGAAAAGGAAGACAAGUUAUCCCAAGCAUAUGCAAUUAGUGCUGGAGUCUCUGUGGAGGGCCAACAGCUAUUCCAGACUAUACAUAAAACGUGAGUAUCGUCUCUAAUACUGGGGCUCUGCUGCAUCCAACUAUAGAAACAUCAGUUAUUUACUUGCUAUGACGGUCCCCAACGGCCAGGAAAGGCUGUUUUAAAGAAAAUGAGCUACCCAAUGCAUUUAAAUAGUCUUGUUGGACGUUGAAGUUGCUUUCACUGAUUAAUUGACCAGUUUGAACGCCAGUCUUUGAUUCAGUAAUGUUUUGUUUUAAACCCAAUCAAAUAGUAUGCAUUCCAUUAUAACUCUUGGUUGUAAUGCGAUUGUAGUGUUGAUCCCUGAUUUGGCCUAGACUACAGUGUGUGACCUAUGAUCGUAAGUCUUACAGUACCAACACUGAUCGACCAAUUUCUAAUGUAAGCUGUUAAUUCUGUAAUGUUAUUGUUUAAUUUGUUUGUAUAUUUUCUUCAGCGUUGUUGCUGUUCGAUAUGCACCAUCUGCUGCAUGGAGGCAUCUGUCUAAAUGUGUGCCCUGAAACCUUUACCCUCAGUACCGUGACCAAAGGCGGCUACAGUGUGCUUUUUUUCAAAACAUUCUCAAUCUCUCUGUAGCAUCAAAGACUGCAAAUGGCAGGAGAAGAACAUCAUGGUGAUGGAUGACGUGGUCAUCGCCCCACCUUACCAGGUGGAGAACUGCAAAGGCAAAGAGGGUAGCGCUUUAAGUCACGUACGCAAAAUAGUGAGUAUGCCUUCCCACCACCACAACUCCCACCCUUCAUUCACCAUUGAAGAGAAUACAGGAAUGCCACUACCAGAAAGUUGUCCCAUCUUGUCCCCUGCAGGUGGAGAAACAUUUUAGAGACGUGGAGAGCCAGAAGUCGGUGCAGCGGCCACAAGCACAGCAAACACAGAAAGACUCCACUUUAUCAUCUUGAGCCGGAGGUUCAGUCCAGAUAGGGGGGGUGUGGGAGGAGGAAUUGGUUGCGGGAAGGUCACAAUGGAAAAGGAAGUUUGGUUUGUUAUUUUCUCUUCCCCUCCCUUCAACAUCAGACCAAGGCCAGCGUCCCCCCCCCCACCUCCAUCAGAGGUGUCCAACAUUUUGAACAGGACAAAAGGGGGUCCCAACCGAGAUGGAAAUAUCCAGCUCAUUUUUUAAGAUAAUCUAACAUAAAAGUAAUGUCAAUUUGCCACCAUUCCCCACCCACACUCUUCUUCUUGACCUCUUACCUUUCCUUCUGUUUCUUCUCUCCUCCUGCCAUCGCCUGCUCCUCACUUCCAUUUCACAGAGAAAAGUCACUUGAUUUCUACCUUUUCAUUGGUCGAUUUAUUUUCUAUUCAUUUUUUUGUAAAUUUCAAGAGUAGAAAUGUAUGGUAAGAGAUAAAGGACCUUUUCUAAUAUUGAAAUACUGUUUUAACAAGAACACUAAUUUUAAUAGCUUUCUUGAAAGCGUAUGGUUAUUUUUUUAACAGCUGACUGAAAGGAUGCCAAUAGUGAUGCGUGUGAAUGGGAUGAAUGGGAACUCUCACAAUCUUACAAACAUGCACCCAGUAGGUUAUUGAAAUGGCUGUUUUCCAUCAACGGGGAAACACUCAAAUUGUGUUAACAUUAUUAAUCUGACAUAAAAUAGACUUGAAAUACCUCCCCCAAAUUGUCCUUUCAUAGAAAAUACAAGUUGUUAACACCCAUUUGGUUCUAGAAGCUUGAACAGUUUUUAUGAAAUGCUUUCCUUUUUUGCAAUCAGACAUUACUGUCCACUUUUCCCAUAAGCUCUUGGUGCAUGGUCACACCUGAACUAAAUUUGCUCUGUUUUUUUGUGUAUAGUUUGAAGUCUGGCAAACUAAAGAUAAAGAGCAUGUGUUAUUUUAGAGUAGAGGCUGGGCUUUCUCUUUCAUCCUUGUCCCUCAUGGUCUUUGAUUCUACAAUACAGUACCUCUUCCACGAUGGGACCACAUUGAAAUCCAGCUCUUUUCUUACAUUCUCCAUCUCCCACUCCUAUUGUCUACCGACCAUUGCCACACUUUGGCAGGUGAAAUCUGCUCUUCCGCCCGACUCAAUGCAUUCCUCCCAUGUUCGAACAAGAAAAAACAAAUUAAUUAACUACGUUGGCCAAUAUCAUAUGGCGUGCCACUGAACCGUGUGCAAUGAGAUCGAUCUCAAUUCUGUAUGGGAUGCUUUGUAUUCACUUUUGGAAAAAAUGAACUUAAAGAUAUCUUGCCAUGUUUGAGACUGGGAUGGGGAGCAGGGUUCCCAGAUGGGCCAAAGGCCUUGAGACUGGGAUGGGGAGCAGGGUUCCCAGAUGGGCCAAAGGCCCCUAUCCCAGCCUUGUGUUUAUAACAAUGUAGCCUGAUUGGAGGCUCGGCCAGUGGGGUUAAGUUGUGACCGGCAUCCACGUUGUUUACCCGUCCACCGUGUGUCAACGAGGUUGCCGUUGCCAAGGUUUCCUUCCCAGUAUUUUAUUUUUUAUUUUUAAAUAGCUAGUAACAUGGAAAUAAAAAAUAUUUAGAAAAGAA